AUGUCCAUGGCCCAGCAGCAGAACCAGGUGAUCCUCCAGUUCCACUUCGGAACCUUCGGAGACUCCAUGCUGCAGAAGAUGAACCUGCUCCGCCACCAGACCAGAUUCUGUGACGUCACUGUGCGCAUCAAUGACCUGGAGGUCCCAGGUCACAAGGUGGUGUUGGCAGCCGGUUCUCCCUUCCUCCGGGACCAGUUCUUUCUGCAGGACUCAUCCACGAGGGAGGUCCAGAUCUCCAUGAUCCAGGAGGCGGAGGUAGGCCAUCAGCUGCUCCUGUCCUGCUACACGGGAACCCUGGAGCUGCCUGAGAUAGAGCUGGUCAACUACCUAACUGUGGCUAGCUUCCUUCAGAUGGGCCAUGUAGUGGAGCAGUGCACCCAGGCUCUCAAGAAGUUCAUCCAGCCGCGACCCUGCCAGGUGAAACAGCAGCCUCGGGAGGAGGAAGAAGAUGGAGAGACUCUCAGAGCCUCUCAUGCCCAGAGAGUACAGGAGCUGCCCCAAGCACAGGUAGUGUAUUGUGAGGUGGAGGAGGAUGAUGAAGACGAUGAUGAUGAUGUGACAAUUCAGCUGAUGACACCUCCCCAGAGGCAGAAGCGAGACAGGAGUGAGGGCGAGGAGAGCCCCAUCACCAUCGUAAAGGUGGAGUCCGUGUGUGAGCGGGUGUCUGAACGCCCCUCUACCUCCACCGCAGUGAGCAUCCCCACCAGCCCCCCAUUGUCGAUACACUCCCCCGAGCCCCAGCACUCCCUCAUCAACUCCACAGUGGACACCCGGGCUAGCGAAAUGACCAUGCCACCCAUGCCAGGAUACCCACUCAGCCCCCUUCCACUACCCACCUCAGCCACAGGGAGACCCAAUCUGGGGGGGCACCUACGAAACUCAGACAAAUCCCUUCAGUGGUACCACCAGUGCCCAAAGUGUGCCCGUGUGUUCCGCCAGUUAGAGAACUACGCCAACCACCUCAAGAUGCACAAGCUGUUCAUGUGCCUGCUGUGUGGCAAGAUGUUCACCCAGAAGGGUAACUUGCACCGUCACAUGCGGGUCCACGCUGGCAUCAAGCCCUUCCAAUGCAAGAUCUGUGGCAAGACCUUCACUCAGAAAUGCUCUCUCCUGGACCACCUGAACUUACACAGCGGAGACAAGCCCCAUCGCUGUAACUACUGCGACAUGGUGUUUGCACACAAGCCCGUGCUCCGCAAACACCUCAAACAAAUCCAUGGCAAGAACAGCUUUGACAACGCCAACGAGAGGAGCCAACUACACGACGGGAUUCUAGACUUUGAGUAUGGGCGUCUGCAGGACUGUAGCAUGGACAAUAGCAUGGACAAUAAGCCUGUUCUUAUGGGUGACUCUCUGUAG